AUGAGUAAAGAAUUAUCCUUGGGUUACUGCGAACAUCAUAGCCACUGCAGGACAAUAUCAAAUAUGCCGCCUGUUCAGCCUUCAGUUAUGCAAUGGCUGCUCUCUUCGGACCCCUCCAUUGCCUGGCAAGCUAUGCGCGAUCUUAUCGAUGAGCCACAAAAUGACUGGCAGAAUGAGCGGGAGAAAAUCGAAACGAAAGGAUGGGGCAGAGAGCUUUUUUCUCUACAAGAUAAGGACGGCCAAUGGGCCGGGGGCGCCUUUGCACCAAAAGACGCAACAGCGGCCGAAUUUAAGGAAAACAGGCAACCAUUCACCGCCACUGCAUUUGUACUGACAGAGCUUCGCGACAUGGGCCUCAAGCCCAACUCGGCUCUGAUGAACAGGACCGUGGAGCUGACUCGUCUCAGCUGCAACUGGGAACACGACAAAGAGAGGUUCUGGGAUGGAGAAGUGGAAGAAUGUAUCAACGGCAGGCUAGUCGCGGAUGGGUCCUACUUUGGCGUUGACAUGACACACGUCGUGGAAAGACUUCUGGAAACCCAGCUUGAAGACGGGGGAUGGAACUGUGAGCGUGAAAACGGCAGCGUCAGAUCGUCCUUUGACAGCACCAUUUCUGUAUUGGAAGGGCUCCUUGAAUAUGAGAAAUUCAAGGGAGGUUGCAAAACCAGCAAAAAGGCGCGAAAAAGGGGCGAGGAAUACCUUCUAAAACGAAAGCUAUUUCGAAGAUUGGCUACAGGCGAAGUAGUGAAAGAGCAGUACCUGCUGUUCAGAUUUCCGCCACAAGCAGACUACGACGUACCACGCGCUAUGGAUCAUUUUCGCGCUGCAGCGAAAUUUGACCAAAGCGGUGCGGAUUCUCGCAUGAAGGAGGCAGCUGAACACAUUAGUCCGAGGCAAAACGCGCAGGGCCAGUGGAUUUUGGACCGCGAGGAUGGCGGGAGACGGUGGCUUGAUGUAAAUGACGGUGUCGGGCGACCCUCCAAAUGGAUUAGGCUACGAGCGCUCCGUGUAUUGAGGUGGCGGGAUGACGCUACGGCUACUGCAACUUAG